UCUUGUGAUUGGUUGUUACUUGUUUCCGGGGCUCCGCUGUGCACUCCGUGACGUUUCUCGGUCUGCCCCGAGACAGACUGGAGAGAAUGGCUGCCAGUGGAGAGGUAGGGAAGCUGUUACAAGUACAAAAUGGGACACCUCCAACCACCAACUACAACGGGGUAGAUGCUGUUCAUGCUUGUAACAUUCUUCAGCAGCUCAAAGUCUUGUAUGAUGAAGCACAGCUCACAGACAUCGUUGUAGAAGUGGACCAUGGCAAGACUUUCUCAUGUCACCGAAACGUCCUUGCGGCAAUCAGUCCAUAUUUUAGGUCCAUGUUCACUAGUGGCCUUACAGAGAGCAGCCAGCGCGAGGUCAGAAUUGUUGGGGUGGAAUCGGAAUCCAUGCACCUUGUCCUAGACUAUGCCUACACAUCCAGGGUCACGCUCUCUGAGUCCAAUGUCCAGGCCCUGUUCACUGCAGCCAGCAUUUUCCAGAUUCCUGCCCUUCAAGACCAGUGCGCCCAGUUCAUGAUCAGUCGUCUUGACCCCCAAAACUGUAUUGGGGUCUACAUGUUCGCUGAUGCCUAUGGGCACCAGGAGCUGAGGGAACGUUCACAGGACUACAUCCGGAAGAAGUUCUUGUGUGUGUCACGGGAGCAAGAGUUCCUCCAGAUGACGAAGGAGCAGCUGGUCAGUAUUUUGAACAAUGAUGACCUCAAUGUGGAGAAAGAAGAGCAUGUGUAUGAGAGCAUUGUCCGCUGGCUGGAGCAUGAUCUGCCUGGCCGUGAGGCCCACCUAGCUGAGGUUUUUUCCCUGUGCAUCCGUCUGCCAUUGCUAGAUGAGUCCUUUCUCAGUCAGAUACCGGCCCCCUUUGCUUGCGCCCUCUCCCUGUCUAAAGACCCUGAUGAGGCUAAAGCCCGUCUCACCGGCACCAACGGUUGCCCUCAGCGCCUGGGUAUGACUGCUUCCGAGAUGAUUAUAUGCUUUGACGCCGCUCACAAACACUCAGGGAAGAAGCAGACGGUGCCUUGCCUGGACACAGCCACAGGAAGGGUGUUCAAGCUCUGCAAACCACCUAAUGAUCUCCGGGAGGUUGGUAUCUUGGUGUCCUCAGAGAACGACAUCUACGUCGCUGGUGGCUACCGGCCGAGCAACAGUGAGGUGUGCAUAGACCAUCGAGCAGAGAGUGACUUCUGGCAGUACGAACAUGCAGGCAAUCGAUGGCUUCCACGUGCACCUCUGCUGAGAGCAAGAAUAGGCUGCAAACUUGUGCACUGCUGUGGGAAACUUUAUGCACUGGGAGGCCGAGUUUAUGAGGGCGAUGGGCGAAAUGCAUUAAAAUCAGUAGAAUGCUAUGAUGCCAGGGACAAUUGUUGGACAGCAGUCAGUCCUAUGCCAGUAGCCAUGGAGUUUCACAGUUCUGUCGAGUACAGGGACCGCAUCUAUGUCCUCCAAGGUGAAUAUUUCUUCUGCUUUGAUCCCCGUAAGGACUACUGGAGUCAUCUGGCCCCGAUGAGUGUCCCUCGGAGUCAGGGUCUGGCCUCCUUGUAUAAGAACUGCAUCUACUACAUUGCUGGCAUCUGCAAGAACCACCAGCGCACUUUCACUGUUGAGGUCUAUGACAUUGAGAAGAACACCUGGAGCCGUAAGAAAGAUCUUCCCUUUGACCAAGCCACAAGCCCAUAUAUCAAGGCCAUGCUGCUGCAAGGCAAGCUACACCUGUUCGUACGAGCCACGCAGGUCAUGGUGGAGGAGCACGUGUUUCGCACCAGCCGAAAGAACUCCCUUUACCAGUAUGAUGAUGAGGCAGAUGUUUGGACCAAAGUCUAUGAGACACCUGACCGCCUCUGGGAUUUGGGUCGCCAUUUUGAAUGUGUGGUGGCCAAACUUUAUCCACAAUGUCUCCAGAAAGUGCUUUGAGGUAGUUUGUAUUGUGAACCCAGAUUAUGAGGCAGAGGGAGUAGUGUGGUCCUGCCUGCCUUGUCCCUGGUGUUACCAUGGGUUUGCAUCACAAAAACCAUUUUUGGUUAAGUCUUAAGUCAUUCAAACUUUAGGUUAACAUGAUCAAAAUGGGGGUGCUUUUAAAGAUUGCAGUAUUUUUUUUUCCAGACACCACCAACUACCCACACUGAUGCUUGUUUAACAAAACCAUACAGUGAAUUAUAAGUGCAAUUAUCCUAAUUUUUGCUUGUUGUUGAGCCAUGUUGUUCUGUUUUGUUUUAGAUUCAUAUAUAUAUAUAGGUCUGGAUUCUUACGAUAAGCAUGCGAAUGAGGGUUUUGACAAGAUAAAAGUGCCCUCUGGAGAUAGGAAUGCUACACGUCAGCAUAAAGUGAAAAUUUAUAUAUAUAUCUAUAUAUAAAUAACUAAAAUGUAUAUUCUUACGGGUAAGAUGAGUACAAUAGCUCACUAGUAGGUUUCUGGCUCCUGAAUUUGUUUGUGUGUGUGUGUGUGUGUGUGUGCGCGCGCGCGUUUUCCUCUCCAAUUUCAAGUCUCUCUUUACCUUAUUUUAUAGAUUAGUUUUAAUUUGAAGCAUGCUUGUGAUUCAUAUUACCUUAGUGUUUUUGAAGCUUAUUUGAUAUCCUUAUGGUCCUCUCUUCCUUCACAAGCAUCAGUGUGUCAAUACACUUGUUGUGGCUUCCAAGCUGUUUUUGAGUUUAGUUUGAGAUUCUAGCUGCAUGGGGGCUUGAACUUCCCACUCUUUUAAGUUGGCAUCCAUUUUGUGUCACAUGUAAAGACGGCUUAAGUGAAUUGAUCACUCUCCACAUUGGAGAAACAAAGACGGAGUCAGAUUUGUGGCAACACUAAGUGGAAAGUUCAGACCAAGUAACAGGUUUACCUCAAACCCUUCAAAGAUAUUUGGUGAGGAGAAAAGGGACACUUCAGGCUGUUGAUUUAAUUAAGUAGAUGUGUGAAAAGUUCAGCUUUGAGCUGUGGUUAUUUUUCGACAACAAAUUAUUCAUUUGAAAAAAGUUGAAAGAGCUUUCCUCUUAAAUGCCAAAAGAAAAAACAUUUGAGGUCUUGUUCUAGUUGAUCUGGACGUUGUAAAAAAAAAAAAAAUGCUUGUGGUAGCAAUAACUCAUGGAACUGUGAUUAGAUUGUCGCAUUAUAUGACCUUAGUAAGAGUGCAUUAAUGUUCUAUGUGCUUGUCUCAGCUAGUGAAAAUCUCACAGGUUCCAGUAAUAAUUGUUUGGCUGUUGCAUGGAUGCAGGGAUGAAGUGGUGUGUAAUUUGGUGCAGUUCAGGAUGCCAGUGUGCCUGUGGCUAGAAGAUGGACAUUGGACUCUAAAGUUGUUCCUCAUGGUGAAGAAUAUCCGAAAAGUCUUACUCAGCAUUGCACUGAAUCACUCUCCACUUCGACAGUCCGUAACUGCAAACUGAACAAGCAGACUUUGAGUAAGAGAGGGUGGCCUGGGUUGUUCGCUAAUUCAUCUAACAGCCAUCAAUCUAUCUUUACACACUGUCACACAAGGACACAAACUGUUGGUGCUGUUUUGUUUGUGUUUGUGUGUGUGUGUUUGUUGUUUUGGACAAUCUUGUAUAAAAGAAUUGAUGCCACCGCUGAGUGGCAUCCCCUGUCAGAGUGCGACAUUGUCAGUGCCGUCAGUUUCCUCAUGUAGGUUGCUGUAUCAUCUUUGCACUACACAUUUCCUUUGUUCGGUCUUAACAGAGAGUGCCCCUCUGUUAUGGUUUAAGUAACCGUAUAGCAAUCAUCUGAGAUUUAGAUGGAAAUGCAUACCAGAAGAGUCACAUUC